UUGCUAUUCGCAAUGAGUUUGAUUGUUGCUUCCCAAAACCACCAAUUUCGCAUCCUUGCACAACGUGUGAGAAAUCAUAACAAACAACAAACUUUCACCUUUGCGCAAUGAUGGCUGUUUUCCAUCACAUGAUGAAGCUGCAACAAUUGCCUUCCAAGCAUUCUCGCGAAUCGCACGUCAUAAAACAUUGGCCAAAAUCGACACGAACAAUAUUGUGACGCACUUGUCUUGAAACCUCAUACCGAUGACCAUCCUCUCAAUGCGCAAACAACGACAACGUGGUGUUGAUCACCGACCGUUGAUAAUGAUCCUCCUCGCAUUUCUGCAUGCUGACAUCGAAUGUUAUGGUCGUUGCCGGCUCAGUCAAUCGCACUCGGAGAGAGUCAGUGGGUACUCCACUCAGUCUAGCACUACAAUCCCUCGUGCGCGCCCGUCUCGCACGGCCGCGGCCGCCAAGCUGUCCAAUCCGUAUCAGCAGCCCAAACGACAAAGAUCGUUUGAGGAUCAUAUGUUCAGGCACCCACCGUCCCAGCCAGUCAUCGCUUGAAUUCUGAACGAAUCGGAACGUGUUAAGUUUUGAAUAUAACACACGGUUAUAGUGAAAGUGGGAGUUACAGUUUUUCGUGCACGCUACGUAAAAAUAGGAUCGUGGUGAACUUGGGAGCUGGACGGACACUGCCACGGGCCAAGGUCUUCGCUUGGAGUGAUCAUGGAGCGAAUCUUCAGUGGAUAUAUCAAAGCGCACGGAUACGCGAUAGCGGUGGCCUCGCUCACGUUCGGGUGCAUCUUCGCCGUCAAUGUGGCCCACGUGGAAAAUUUUCCACAAGGAGGAAGAAUAUUUGCGGUGGAUGAGGAGGGUGAGGACGACGGUGGCGCCAGCAGCUUAGGCGGUGACAUCGAUAUUGAUCGGAUAGGUGCCGGCCAGACAUACUUCCGAAUGCAGCCCAUGGGUCAGUUGGUAUUCUCGUUGGCCUGGGUCCUCGCGGGGACAAUCUUCCUGGUAGGGCUGAUGUUGGAGAAAAAGAAGACCAUCCUUCCUUUUGCCAGUGUGUUCACCAUCGACUGGAGCGUGAUUCUGAUCCGGCAUCUGACCGGACUGGAGCAGAAAAGUUUCCAGGAGGUGUUGCUGUCGUCCAGCACUGCAGUAUUAGUCGUUAUCCCUGUGUACGUUGGCUUCACCCUAGCCGCCCUCUACCGAUUAUUCGAGCUGCGUGCCAUCGAGCGAGCCCAGCGAGCCGAAGAAAACGGUGAUUUGGAAAACGGCCGGAAACCGGUGAAAUUCAUUUUGGGUGACGAAUUUGACGAUUCCUGGAUCAGCUAGGGGUCACCGCGGUUCGGUUACAUAUCUGAUAUUAGUGAUACAGCAGCCCUGUUAGUAUUAACACGUCCCAUCCCAAAGAAAUACAAAACCACAUGUCCUUUCUUUUGUUUGUAAAUAUUUUCGUUGUAAGAGAGAGGGGCAUUACAAAUCAACCCACUGAACCAAAGCGAACAAAUAGACCGACUUUACAUCAUUUGAUUCGAUCGAUCCCUAUGUCAGGAGGAGUAAACAUAAUGAUCACUAAGGGAGCGACUGAUCACCGUCGAAUGACGUCUCCGGUCAGUCACAAUGGAUUGAUAGUGAUCCCAAUCAACACACUCUCGGUUGCAUUAUCUCGUCUCCGUCCGCGUUCUUCAACUGAAAUACAGGGCUUCAACAGUUCGCUGCCUUAUCAGUGUUGUUACUACAUACUGAAUCCAACGAUCGCCUCCGAGAAGGAUCACCCAGUGAAUCAAUCCGCUGUUGUCAAUUCCAACUCAGUCGAUGGGUUGAGUUGGUGUUGGAAGCAUUGAUUUUCACGAGAAUGGACAAACCAGUGGCGCGAUACGUCAGGUUCAAUGGAUACCUGAUCUUCGGUUGUACGCUGCUGAUCGUGUUCUAUGAAACGGUGUCGUUGGUCAAGCAUACACUGUAUUAUGAGCAAAAUCUGGAACUGCUGGAAGGAUACACCGUUAUCAGGCGUCACUUGGUGGGGCGCUGGAUUGCCGCCAUAGUGUGGUUGAUCGCCCUGGCGGCGUAUUUCAUGGCGAUGCAAUGGAAGGACGGAGAGUUUCUCAAACCGGCGAAAUUGCUGUUUUGCGUCGAUUUUCUAAUGGUUGUGACGGAGGAUGUCAUCCGGACGAGCAAGGGUAACGGCGACGAGCGGUUCAUCCAGGAUGAGAAAUGUUUGCUCGUUUUCAUCGUGAUUGUGGCGUACAUACUGUACACUAUCAACAUGCUGCAAACGUUGUUCCAGUUGCAACAUUUGGAGGCAAAGAGCAGAGAAAGCAAGCUAAACUUAAUAAAUGGUAGUAGUUCAGACUGCACGGUGUCAUACAGUUUGCAUCUAUCCAAAGCCUGAACGAAUUAAAGGAAAGUUUUUUUUUCUAUUACCGAAAUCCUACUU